UGCCAAAAGAUAAUUCUCUCUCAACUCUCCUACGUUUAACCAAGCAAAUCCUAGUCUAAACAGUUUCCCGUAGCUGUCAUACUUUCGAACCUGCGAUCCCUUUGAAUUGAUUAGCAUCACUUCACUUCAAACGGCUCCUCGUGGCAUCUUGGUCGUUCUUGCCAACCUCAUCUUGCCAUCAUGCCCGCAGGAUUACAAUGGAAGGGAUUUUCGAGGAAACUGAAGGGAAUGGUAGUUGAGAGUGCUACAUUACUCGGAUCGGGCAGGGCUCAGAACUAUUCUAACGAUGUAGAUGCCUUCGGAUUGUUCCUUCUCCAUCCACAGGAUGAAGAGAGGCACGCUGGCGGAGCUGUGGCUGGAGGAAGUAAGGAACCAGAGGCUACGAGGCUCUAUAAUGCGGACAUCAUAGCAAUCCAUGGGCUAGGAGGCACAGCACACAAAACUUGGACCCACGAGAAUGGAAUUCUUUGGCUUCGGGACAUUGUGCCAAAUGAAUUACCGGGAGUAAGAAUUUACACUUUUGGAUACGAUUCGAGCUUUGCAUUUUCUAAGGGAACUGGAACAUUAAGUGAUUUUGCGAAGAAUUUGCUAGAAGCGAUCAGACUGGAACGAACAACUCCCGAGUCAAAUGCUCGGCCAAUUAUUCUGGUCUGCCACAGCAUGGGUGGAAUAGUUGCAAAGCUGGCUAUUACCAUUGCACGGAACGAGUCUGAUCAUUACCCUGGCAUUGGCAAAGCUGUGACAGCAAUAUUGUUUCUAGGGACACCCCAUCAAGGUUCCGCGUCAGCUCGCUAUGCCACCAUCUUAGCAGGAACUGCCAACGCUUUGAUCAUUGGGUCCCAAAUCUCCCGACUUACUGGCCCUAUACGAUCCAGUCUAUUAAAAUCUCUACAACGACACGAACCAGAACUCUUACGUGUGGCUGAAGAUUUUAGAGUCCACACUGCAAACCUUAAUAUCAUCUCAUUCAUUGAGGGCAGAAAUAUGAAAGGAAUGAAUUCAAGAAUCGUUGACGAUCACAGCGCUUUUGUCGGAGCUUCUACAGAACGAAAAAUACCGAUGCCAGGCUAUGACCAUAGGGAAAUCUGCAGGCACGGCUCGCCUGAUGAUCAUGGCUUAAAGCUACUUCUUGGAGCGCUCAAAAGUUGCAUGCCGAUCGGCAUGUCACGAAGCCUAUAUAAUGAUCCAACAAGAGUGCCCGAGCGUGAAGCUCCCCCAUUUGUCAACAUCCCAUUCCAGAAAAAUUCAGCUUUUGUCGGACAGCAGGAAGUCCUUGAACAGCUGACAACCGUCUUCCACGGGAGCCAUAACACCCGGCAAAUUGCGCUCUAUGGCCUUGGCGGAAUUGGGAAAUCACAGAUUGCAUUGCAAUAUGUACACAACGCCAAUGAGAACGAUCCCGAUAUCUCCAUCUUUUGGGUCUUCGCUGGCACUAAGGAGCGGUUUGAGCGCGAUUACAUGGAGAUCGCGAAAGGCUUGAGGCUUCCAGGUCACAAUAAUCCAGAGGUUGAUAUUUUCAACCUUGUGAAAACUUCACUGGAGAAGGCCCACUUCGGAAAAUGGAUAAUGGUUAUUGACAACGCUGACGAUCUGUCAAUGUUCUACGGCUCGCCAGAAGAAGAGGAGAAAGAGUCAGAUACUGGUAAAAAGUGCUAUCCUAAUGGUUUAUUCAAUUAUAUUCCUAGUUGUCCUUCCGGAUCGGUUCUUUAUACCACCAGGAACAAAGCGGAUGCUUUACAGCUGACAAGCAGUGGCCACAUCAUCCAAGUGAGAGAAAUGGGCUUGAAGGAUCUGCAUAGUCUCCUACAGACAAAACUGUACGGUGAAACUCCAGAUGAAGAACAGUAUACCGAUUUGAUAACUACUCUCGACAGCCUCCCCCUCGCACUUGUUCAGGCUGCCAGCUAUAUCCGUCAAAAUUCAUGGUCGAUUGCUAAAUACUUGAAGUACUUUCGCAGUAAAGAUACUGAUUUGUCAUUCCAAAUUCUGUUGCACGAUUUCCGGGACCAGACUCGAGACAAAACUGUAGCAAACUCCGUUUUCAAGACAUGGAUGAUUACUGCUCAACAGCUCGAGGGUCAGCACCCGGAGGCAGCCGAGACGCUUUUCAUGAUGGCGUUCUAUAGUAGUCAAAAUAUCCCGCGGUAUCUCCUCGUCCCGGAAAAUGUACUUCCUGAAUCCUCUAAUGGAUCGGAAUGUGUCACAAAUCUACCAUCUCCGAAGUCGAACCGUACUCUAGGGGAUACCGCCGAGUAUCUCCUCGACCAGGCUAUCGGGACACUCGUGGCAUAUUCCCUCAUCAACAUUGCAUAUGACAGCCAACCAGAAAGCUACUCCAUCCACCGCCUUGUGCAAAGCUUUACACGUUAUUGGUUAGUGGAGCACAGGAAUACUGCAGAUAGCUGGGCUGCUAAGGCCGUCAACUCCCUUUCGCGAGAGUUCCCGGCGACAGAGUUUGAAAAUUGGAUGAAGUCUGCACAGCUGCUUCCACAUGUCCUUAAGUUCAUGGACCUUCAGCCCGUUUCACAUCUGCCUCCCCUUCGUUUUGGAGUUCUCCUUAUUGCAUGCUCAGACUACCUAAGAAUGAGGGCGCAUUACGUCCUCGCUAGCAAAUACGCCCAUCUCGCAAUCGAGAUACUCGAAAAGAGCCCAGAAGAACAGACCUUCGCAAUCUUGGAUGCUAAAUGCUCUCUUGCACUCAUUUAUCGAAGUACCGCACGCUUCCAGGAAGCAGAACAACUCCUCCGCCCCGCAAUUGAAAAUUACAGCAUUGCUCUAGGCGCAGAUACCAGAACCCUCUCUGCGGUGGCCACCUUGAGUGUCGUAUUACGAGAGCAAGAAAAAUAUGAAGUGGCUGAGAAAUUAGCACGUUCAGCUUUCCACCAUCUGGGAGACCAAGACCACUUGCAGGAUCCUAAGCUUGCUGAGUGUAGAACUAAAGUAGAGGCUGCUCUUGCGACCGUCUUGGGCGAUACUGGACAAUAUAAGGAGUCACUUGAGAUACAGCAAGCAAUUCUACAGCGCUUACUCGAGUCACAUGAGCGGAAACAUCCCAGAGUAGCACAGGCCCAACAUAAUAUUGCUGUUACGCUUUGUAAGGAUGGCCAGUAUGCAGCGUCGAGGGUAUUGAGCAGUGAAAUCCUGGAAUUCAACCGCCGAUUCUACGGACCCGACCACCCCCGAACGUUAAAUAUAGAAUAUAACUUGGGGCGUGUCCUGGAAGAGGAAGGGGAUCAUGGAGAAGCAGAGACACACUUCCGAAGUGUAAUUAAUUCGCGGGGGACAAAUUUGCUUGGAAAAUAUGACCCAGAGACGAUAGAUUGCAUUCGAAGUCUCACCGAGUGCCUGGAGAACCAGAAGAAGUAUCAAGCUGCAAAUGAAUACUAUCAAGCUGCAUACCAACGGCUACUCGAAAGCCCCGGUACUAAGUAUGUUUGGGUAGUUGCUCUUGGGGAGGAUCUCGCAAGGACUCUGAAAUUGACACACCACUUGGCUGAAAGUAUAAUAGAGUCGAAAGAGGAGCCUCUGGCCAGCGAACCUAUCCACCACAUUACUCUCCCAAGAGGCAGCGGAGGCGGCGGCGGCAGGCAUCGCCACAAGCCUUAUGCUAGAGAUUCUAGCUUUGGCAGCUGGACUCGAUAAGUACAUCCCUAAGAAAUCGUGACAGCCUGAUAGGAAGCUGGUGAUCGGAGGUAGGAGGGGUGAAUGGGAAAGGGAGGGAGGGGAAAGUAGUAUCCGUGCGUGUAUAUCCAAGAUUACGGUAGAGGGCAAGUUCUGUUCCCGGGUGGGAGGAGUUUAGGCAUGUCAGGGGACGAGAAAUUGUUUUCGUUUCAUCGCCAAGGUUUCCAAGGAGAAGCCUCCGUCAGCCUUUAGUUUUGCCUUAAUCUCGAUUUGAGAUCAGGUGAAUGCCUUAGGCACUAAUUUAAGGGAUGUCA